CGGCUCUCGGAAACGAAUCUCUAAUCGAAUCUCUAAUUUGAUAGGCAUGAUCUAAAAUCGAACACCAUUUCCCUGAUUUCCCCAAAUCUUCGAUUUCAUACUAAUGUCAGACCUAAUAGCCUUCCAUAUUCAAGAGGAAAUCAUCAAACGACUUCCUGUCAAACAAUUGAUUCAGCUCAGAUCAGUCUCAAAAGCAUGGAAGUCGAUGAUCGACAGCUCCGACUUCAUUGCUGCUCACAGUAGCCACCACACUCAUCUGCAAUAUCUACUCGUAAAGUAUCAAGAUCCGGUAGAUACUGAAGAAAAACACGUUUCUUUUGUCGACGAUGACACUUUCCCCAAACAAAGGUUUGUUCUAACUCUUCCCUCGUCAGUUCAAAUACUUAAUCUCCCAAGACUCAUUGGGAUCUCUCACGGCUUGUUGUGCUUGUACGAUAAUUAUCCCAAAUUGAGAACUGCGAUGGCUGUUCUAUGGAACCCUUCAAUUAGAAAAUCGAUUGCUGUUGCUGUGCCUAAUGAGAUGCAUGUGGGACAUGAAACAGUUAUUGGUUUUGGGGUUUGUCCUGUAACUAUUGAUCCUAUGAUCAUCAAGAUUACACAAUUCAAUUGGUGGUAUGCAGAGAAAAGUGAAAUCAACAACCCUUGGAAAGUUAAGAUUUAUACAAUGAGUUCUGGGAAAUGGAGAAUUCUAUCUAGCAAUCUGUUGAGUAAGUCAUUUCGAGUUACAUUUCCUCACGUAGUUAUUGAUAGGUUUAUCUAUUGGUGUGCUUUGCACAAGGUGGCCAUUGAUGGUAGAUUAAGGAGUUGUAAUGUGAUUGUGUCAUUUGAUAUGAGUAAUGAGAGUUUUGGAGUUGUAGACCUUCCAGAUAGUUUAGUAGCACACCACACUAACACACAGUUGUGUAUUUCUAAAGUAAGGGAGUCUCUUGUAAUGCUUAAAUAUAAAAACCGAGUUUGUGAUGUAUGGAUGAUGGAAGAUGGUGUUGGAAAAUCUUUUACAAAGCGAUACACCAUUAAGGCACCAAAUGGGCCAAAAAAGACAUUGGGAUUUAGAAAAAAUGGAAACCUUGUAAUGGAAGUGAAAGAUUAUCUUAUUGGACCUGGUAAACUUGUUGUCUAUGAUCCGAAUUCUAAACACUUUGAUGAUCUUGGGAUUUGUGGAAAUGGUGAUUCGUUUUUUGUGAAUUCAUAUAUGGAAACACUACUUUUGUGUGAUCGGUUGGAUUGUAGUAGUAAUUGACAUAAAUCAAGGAUGAAGAUAACAGCAGCAUUGAAGCAUUUAUAUGGCAACUAUUUUGUUACUCUUUUGUAAUGCUAUCAUAUGAUAAAAUUAUAAAGUUAUGAGGCACAUGGAUGUUUUUUCUUGGGUGUAUACCUGAAAUUUUUGGUUUUUGUUGUGUUACACUGUGAUGCUUCCAUAUAAGUGUUAGUAUAAUCACAUAAAUACAAAGAGUAGGAAUGGACAAAACGAGUAAUGUUACUCACAUUGUUAUC